AUGAUAUGCCGCCGCCCAGCCCAUACGUCGGAUCGCCUGUACCGGAGCAAUAUUGUUCAUCGAAACCCCACAGAGCUGUGUGAUCUAGGAUGUGGUGAUGACUAUUCUAAGCUUAAGACACGCACACCGCGCUCAAAAUACAACAGCCAAGUAAUUCAUCAUGGGUUUAUUGAAUCGGGUGAUAGGCCCAUGAAAGAUGCUGUCCAACGAGAUAAACUUGCAACAACAAAAGAUAUUCAAUGUUUUGAAACGGGAGUCUCUGCUUUAAUGAAUAAUUUCCCCUGCCUUGUGAUUCGUGCAAUUUGCGAUUAUGCUGAUUCUCACGCAAAUAACUUGUGGAAGGGCUAUGCGGCUAUGGUUGCUGCUGUCUAUGCCAAAGACCUGUUAUAUAGCAUCGACCCGGAGAUUCUCGCUCAGCAGAAAACAGUUGCAAAUAUUGUAAAUAGAGGGACCGACGUUUACGAUCGCGACCAACCUCUAAACAUUGAUCAAAUCGGCUAUGCAAAUUCCGGUAUUUUGUUAUCAUCUACAGAUCCUCAACGGAUCCCUAAGCAGGGCGAGCAGAACAUUCUCAUAUCAACGACAAGCACAGUCUCUGGUGACAGAAAAGCAAGAACCAAACUGCCGGACCAGUCUGUCUCUCUAGAAGAAAUCGAUUCAAAACCCAUAUUACGUGAGAAUGGGCCUUGGGUUAAAGGUCUGUAUUCCAUUGGAUAUAGUGACCAGGACGCUUUUGAUCUCAUAUGCGAAAAAGAAAGAGACUCUCCGUAG